UUUGACAUUUGUAUUAUAAUGUCAAAAUGGAAAUGAAAUUAUUUUCUCUAAGGUUUGUGGUCUACGAGGUCUACAAUCUAAAUUUUUCUGAAAUCUAAGUAACUAACAUGAACAUAUUAAAAUGUUAAGUUUCUGUGACCAUUCGUCAUUCCUAAGAAUCGGCAUACGAUUUAGGUGUGUCUAGAUAUUUUGAAAUUACUGUAGAAUGAUAAUAAGUUACAUUUGACGAUCUUUAUCAUUCUAUCAUGGGUAAUCAAAAUAGCUGUUGCUGUUACCGCAGCCCAUCGCCUAUCAGAAAAGACAUCGUCAAACUAGAAGACUACCUUCCAGAAGGAGAAGUAAGUUCUAAUAAUAUUCAACAUAUUAGUGAACGGGAGCCUGAUGAUGGAGACAUUGAUCCUUCUCAAGAUCCAAUUGCGGGUACAAUUUUCAUGGAAAGGUCUAAAGCAUCAAUUGAGAAUGGUAUGACCAGAAAACGUAGUCAACAUCAAAUAGCUGAUAAUAAGCUUAAAAAGAGCAGUUCUUGUUCAACAAUUUACCUAGAUGACAGUACUGUAUCUCAGCCAAACCUAAAAAAUACAGUGAAAUGUGUUGCUCUCGCUAUUUAUUACCACAUUAAAAAUAGAACAUCUGAAAGAAGAUUAGAUAUUUUUGAUGAAAAGCUUCACCCUUUGUGUAAAGAAGGAGUUACUGAUGAUUAUGAUAAAUAUAAUCCAGAACAUAAGCAGAUAUAUAAGUUUGUUAGAACUCUUUUUAAUGCAGCACAGUUAACUGCAGAAUGUGCUAUCAUUACUUUGGUAUAUUUGGAGCGAUUGCUCAUUUGUGCUGAACUUGAUAUAGCCCCAUCAAAUUGGAAAAGAAUAGUUUUAGGAGCAAUAUUAUUGGCCAGCAAAGUGUGGGAUGACCAAGCUGUGUGGAAUGUAGACUACUGUCAAAUACUGAAAGACAUCACUGUAGAGGACAUGAAUGAAUUGGAACGUCAAUUUUUAGAAAUGUUGCAAUUUAACAUAAAUGUACCAUCUAGUGUUUAUGCUAAGUAUUAUUUUGACCUGCGUACACUUGCUGAGGCCAAUGACCUUGCAUUCCCUAGUGAGCCCCUUAGUAAAGAGAGAGCACAGAAGUUGGAAGCUAUGUCACGAGUGAUGGAAGACAAAAUAGCUGCUGAAGUAGUUAAAAAUGGAAUUAAGAAAUGGUCAAGCUUGGACAAUGUUAAUUCUGGUGCUGGUGUUAGAAGGAGUGUAGCCAUAUUGUCAUAAUAUGUUACUAAUCUCAUCAGGCAAUUUGGAGGAAAUAUUUAUUAACACAAAUUACAUAAGAGGCAACAUUGUGUA